AUGCCCCAACUCGCCUCCACCUACCGCGCUGCCCCCGAAGAUGUCCCCACCCCUCAAUGGUUCCUCAACCACGAUUUCCACCUCUCUUUCCUCCACCUACCCGGCAACGAAGUCGCCGGAUACGGUGAACCCUCCCCACGCCAAUACGUUGGGUGGCUUCUUCUGCAACCCAACCCGGAAUUGCGCAACGUCUUGGAAUGGCGAUUCCGGGACGUCCCGCCUGCCGGUCAUGCCUGGGCCAUCUAUGGCGAGUCGGUUGUCACUCUCACCCACCUCCGGACCCUCGACUGGGACGUCGGCGAGCUCACAGAUGUUACAAAUGCCCUUGACCUCGAACCCCCAGACCCCCAGUGA